ACCCUAUGGAAGGCGGGUCCUGCGGCCGGCGGGAGCGGGACGGCGCCGGGCGCUGCCCCCGGGGUUUCGAGCCGGCUGGCGGGCACUACCAGUCUGGGGUGACUGUGUCCGGCGUGCAGGCGGCCUGCUGGGCGGGCUGAGGGGAGCUCAGCGCGCUGGUGCGGCGGAGGGAGACGGAGUCGACAAGCAACCGCGACGACAGGUCCCGGCUUCGGCCCCUGUCGGCGGCCCCCGACUCGCCCGAGGCCCAGGGGGCCUGUGACCACGGAGCGGCGCCGCGGCCGCUCGGAGGAGGCGGCGGGAUCCUCGGAGAGCCGGGCGGAGAGUUUUCUACCUAUAAAAGACAAUGACUACUGACGAAGGUGCUAAGAACAAUGGAGACAGCCCAGCAGCAGCUGUUGCUGAACGGGGAGAGGAUAUUACCUCUAACAAAGACAGAGGCGUAUUAAAGAUUGUCAAGAGAGUGGGGAAUAACGAGGAAACACCAAUGAUUGGAGACAAAGUUUAUGUUCAUUACAAAGGAAAAUUGUCAAAUGGAAAGAAGUUUGAUUCCAGUCAUGAUAGGAAUGAACCAUUUGUCUUUAGUCUUGGCAAAGGUCAGGUUAUCAAGGCAUGGGACAUUGGAGUGGCUACCAUGCAGAAAGGAGAGAUCUGCCACUUACUUUGUAAACCAGAAUAUGCAUAUGGCUCGGCUGGCAGUGUUCCCAAAAUUCCCUCAAAUGCAACGCUGUUUUUUGAGAUUGAACUCCUUGAUUUCAAAGGAGAGGAUUUAUUUGAAGAUGGAGGCAUUAUCCGGAGAAUCAAACGGAAGGGAGAAGGAUACUCAAAUCCAAAUGAAGGAGCAACAGUAGAAAUCCACCUGGAAGGUCGCUGUGGCGAACGGAUGUUUGAUUGCAGAGAUGUGGUAUUCAUCGUUGGUGAAGGAGAAGACCACGACAUUCCAAUUGGAAUCGAUAAAGCGCUGGAGAAAAUGCAGCGGGAAGAGCAAUGUGUUUUAUAUCUUGGACCACGAUAUGGUUUUGGAGAGUCAGGGAAGCCUAAAUUUGGCAUUGAACCUAAUGCUGAGCUUAUAUAUGAAGUUAUACUUAAGAGCUUCGAAAAGGCCAAAGAAUCCUGGGAGAUGGAUACCAAAGAAAAAUUGGAGCAGGCUGCCAUUGUCAAAGAGAAGGGAACCGUAUACUUCAAGGGAGGCAAGUACAUGCAGGCAGUGAUUCAGUAUGGGAAGAUAGUGUCCUGGCUAGAGAUGGAAUAUGGUUUAUCAGAAAAGGAAUCAAAAGCUUCUGAAUCAUUUCUGCUUGCUGCCUUUCUGAACCUGGCCAUGUGCUACUUGAAGCUUAGAGAAUACACCAAAGCUGUCGAGUGCUGUGAUAAGGCCCUUGGACUGGACAGUACCAAUGAGAAGGGCUUGUACAGGAGGGGUGAAGCCCAGCUGCUCAUGAAUGAGUUUGAGUCAGCCAAGGGUGACUUUGAGAAAGUGUUGGAAGUGAAUCCCCAGAAUAAGGCUGCAAGACUGCAGAUCUCCAUGUGCCAGAAAAAGGCUAAGGAGCACAACGAGAGGGACCGCAGGAUAUAUGCCAACAUGUUCAAGAAGUUUGCAGAGCAGGAUGCAAAGGAAGAGGCCAGUAAAGCAAUGGGCAAGAAAACUGUAGGAGUCACCAAUGAAAAAGAAUCAGAAAGUCAAGCAAUGGAGGAAGAGAAACCUGAAGACCGCGUAUGACACCACGCAAAGGAGGGCAGAGAGUCCUAAUGAACUCGACCCCCUCCUCACCGGGCUUUCACCCAACUCAGGACUAAACAGUGUUUAAUGUAAAGUCUGUUAUAGUAUAUGUGAUUCUGGAAGCAAAUGGAAAAAACCAGUAGCUCACCCCAAAAAAACACCACCCUGCUGCUGCCCAGUACACUCAUCAAGAGGGUGGCAUGGGACCACUCCAGGUGGGACAAAACAAAGAAAUGACUAUUGGUAUGGCAAGAUGAACCAACAGCUUAAGUCCAGUUCAUUUCAGUUUGUGUCAAUUUUCAGUAUCCAAUUCAGGGUCCCUUGAGAUAAUCCUAACAAGUUGGGAUGUCUGUUCUGUUUCUCAUUUGACUGCAUUUAAUUGAACUUUAAAAGUACUGCAGAAACCUGAGAAAACUGUUUAAUGAAUUUCUCCUUUCCUACAGUUGAGUGGGGAAGGAAAAGGAAGGGAUGCAUUUUGCAUUUUAAAUGACUAAAGUGCUACCAAUGCAACCUGUUGCAUUUUUAACCAACAGAAUCCACAGUAGAGGGGGCUGCAUCCCCUCAGGUACACAGUAGCGUCACAGACUUGAAAGCCAGAACCUCAGAGGUCACCUGCUUGCUGACUUGGCCUCUGCCCACACUCCCUGUCCGAGCAGCCUCCUUGUGAGGAUGGCUUCCGCCAUGCCCAGCUUGUCCCUGGAGGAGGAAUCAGUCAUUCCUGAAGGGCCCUUCAGCAAUGGUAAUGAGCAGACAAGAGUUUUGGGAUUAGCUUUCCCUGUUUGGGUUGAUGAAAUGUGAACAUAGCAAUCAGAAUUGUGCUUUUUCCUCCUCUGUUCCUUCUAGGAAAUAAUAUUGAGUACAGUACUGCCUCCUAGCAUCACUACUGUUCAGUUUCUUAUCUCCACUCUAAUCCUUGCUGUUAAGAAUUUAAGACUUACCUGGAGUGGAUUUAUUUACAUGGCCAUUUAGGAUUGAUGCAGCUUUGUCUUCUUUUUUUAAAUGACUGGCUCAUAAACAUAUAGAUGCUGGUUUAUGGACUUCAUUUACACCCCUAUCAUGCAAACAAUUUUUAAUUUUUUACUACUAAUUUCCUUAAUUUUUAAAAACAAAAUCUCUGAGGUUGAAAAAAAAAAAAAAAAAAGUAGUUCCUUUUCGACUUUAAGCUUUCUUUUCCUAUGCAGAGAGCUUCUUUUUUCUGGUGUGUGUUGUGAAAGAGAAUUGAAAACAGCUUCCCAUGCAGGUACAUCUAGUCUAAAUCCCCAGUACUUGGGCAUUGAAUUAGGGUAAGUCUUAAAUACGUUCAGGUAGCUGAAUUUUAGUCCUUGCGGGUACAUGAGAUUGAGCAUGGCUUUACAUUCUGACAGUCUGAGAAUUGCUCCUAGGAGUGUACUUGGCAGCCCAAGAAACCUUUAUUCACUUAAACCUGGGCCAUCUCACGUUUCUAAAUCUUAAAGCAACACUGGCAGUUAUAUUUUAGAUUAGUUUUUGUUUUUAUGGCUUUUUAGUAAAACACUUUCAUUGUUAGGUUAAGAUCCACCUCAAAACCUAAAAAUGAAGUUGUUUCCUUUUGUACCAGUUUUCUUCUCCCUGGAACAAAUGGAAUUAUAUUGUGAGUUUUCUCCUUUAAUGAUAACUAAAACCGUUCCUAAUUUCACAUUUGCUCUUUUGUCUUUUUUCCAUGAAAUCUUUCUUUUAAAACCCCCAAUCUCACAUAAGAAAUAAAAGUAAAAAAUGAUUUUGCUUAUUUGCUUAACAUUUUGGUAUUUAUAGCUCUGUUGACUAGAGCAUGAUUCCAGUUAGGCCAGGAUUGAGAUUUGAUCUCCAAAAAGACCAGUUAGCUUUUGUAGAUAACAAAAAAUCUUUUCCAAAAAUCAGAAUAUCCCACCUGUCUCCCAAGUGUAUGUUGUGGGUCACAAGGGAGAAGAGGCAGGAAUUGGGGGUGUGAGUGGAAGUGGUUCUGAGCUAAUGCUUACAAGGUGCCCAUCACCAUGCAAAGGAAGAAAAUUCAUAUUCUUGUAUCAAAGUCUUAAACAAUUUGUGUAGAAAUCAACAGGUGUCUUUGAACCAUCUUAAAGACUGCAUAUGCAGUGGUAAGUCAGCAUAUGAAAACUUCAAAACAAUUUAUUUUUUAAAAAUCAUAAUCUGGAUAUACUUCUGUGUCCCCUAAGUAAAUUUUAAAGAAAAAGUGAUUUCCCAUGGUUCUUUGUUUUGCUCAAAUAGUCUUCAAGGAAGAUUAUUUUAGUUGGAAAAUUAUGAUGGGACCAAAUUGAAAAUGAGACUUCAGGAAAAACUGGCAAGGAAAAACUGGCAAGGGAUAAUAUCUUCAUACUCUGGGCUCUAAUAUAUAACCUGAAAUCAUCUUUGGGGUAAAAGCAGUGGAAUUAUUCGUUUUGGUUAAAAUGAACCAACUGAUCAGGAAAAUAAAAAAGUUUUGUUUUUUCA